AUGUAUCGCCGCGUGCGGGAGACCAACGAUCAGACUUUGGAUGACGAGAGAGACGGGAAGAGCGGAUCCGACCAUAGCGUGAGUGGAAGGCAUUCCGUAUUCGACCGCAUAUUCGGGUUCGAGGACUACGACCGGCGGAGAGUGAGGUCGCGGCCAUUGGAUCACAUCCUUCAACGCCUGUCCGAAAUACAUGACAAUCACCCAAACGAGGACAAGACGUCUUCCGACAGCGCUGUCUAUAUUCCAGAACCAAAGCGGGAAAAAACUGGCGUAAAAUGUCUCGUAUCCAAGACUCGCACCAAAACUGAACAAAUAGUACCAAAACUUGUUUUCAAUCGCNUGAGGACUGUUAAGAAGGAGACAUUAAAGUUGAUUACCGGUUGGGUCUCGCGAUCGACAGAUCCUCAGUUAGUGCUCGACAACUUCAUCCCUCCAUUACUGGAUGCGGUUCUUCUCGAUUAUCAAAGAUGUUCUGUGCCUUCAGCUCGAGAACCAGAAGUGCUCUCAACUAUGGCUACAAUUGUCAGCAAAUUAGAGAAUCACAUCACUUCCGAAAUACCAAAAAUAUUUGACGCCGUCUUUGAAUGCACUCUAGAGAUGAUAAACAAAGACUUUCAGGAAUUUCCUGAACACAGAACCAAUUUUUUCCUUCUGUUGCAACAAGUGGUGACCCAUUGCUUCCAAGCCCUCCUCAACAUCCCUCCCACACAAUUCAAAUUAGUGUUGGACUCAAUCAUAUGGGCCUUUAAGCACACGAUGCGCAACGUGGCCGACACCGGCCUCUCGAUCCUCUUUAAACUGCUCGAAAACAUUGGCACUGAAGAGACAGUUAUGCAGAGUUUCUAUCAAACAUACUAUACAGACAUUGUUCAGCACAUGUUUUCAGUGGUGACCGACACUUCGCAUACGGCGGGACUGCUAAUGCAGGCCAACAUAUUGGCCUAUAUGUUCUAUAUAGUCGAGUCCAACAAAAUCACCAGUCCUUUGAACCCAGCCGUACAGACCAGCGCUCAGACGAAUAUCCAAUACAUUCAGGAAUUUGUAGCCAAUCUGCUGAAGACGGCGUUCCCUCACUUGACUGAAGCCCAGAUCAAGAUCACUGUUCAGGGCUUCUUCAACCUCGACCAAGACGUGCCCGCCUUUAAGGAACACUUACGAGACUUUCUCGUCCAGAUUAGGGAGUUUGCCGGCGAAGACAACAACGAUCUAUUCCUCGAGGAAAGAGAGGCCUCCUUAAGGCAGAAGGAAGAAGACAAGCGUCGAAUCCAACUAUCAGUUCCGGGAAUUAUUAAUCCUCACGAAAUGCCUGAAGAGAUGGCAGACGACGACAACUGA